CCCUCCGCGUGAAACAAAGUGUCCGCGAGCGCCCGUAGGAAGCGAAAAGGACAGAGGAGAGAAUGGCGCAGGAGGAAUACUGAACUAAAAAAAAAAAGACACAAAGAGACGGAGACAUUCAGCGGAAAACUUUCGAGUGAAGUGUUCACACUCCGCCGCACGGCCACGUUUGCGAACAUGGACGCACUUUUGCGUGUGUUCGCGGGACUCCUGCUGUGGACGGCUGGUGACGUGGGCGCUCAGAUCCAAACAGCUCACAUGGGACAUGCUGAGAAAGGAAGUUGUACAUUCGACGAUGGAUUUUCUCAUUGUGAUUACCAGCAAGAUCCCUAUGAUGACUUUGACUGGAUGUACAUCAACACCCAGGAGGUGCCCUACAUAUCUCCAGACCUGCCAAAAGGCUCCUACAUGUAUGUGGACGUCUCUCAGUAUGAUGUUGGCGAGAAGGCCAGGUUUCAACUUCCAGUCAUGAAGGAAAAUGAUACUCACUGUAUUGACUUCAACUAUCUCCUCACCAGCCCUGAUGGCUCAAGUCCUGGAACCCUGAACGUUCUGGUGAAGGUUAACAAGGGUUCCUUGGCCAACCCCAUAUGGAAUGUGACAUCCUACACUGGAAAAGAAUGGCUCCGAGCUGAACUUGCUGUCUCCACCUUUUGGCCAAAUGAAUAUCAGGUCAUAUUUGAAGCUGAGGUUUCGGACAGCAAAUCUGGCUUCAUCGCCAUAGAUGACAUUCAGGUGCUCAGCUAUCCAUGUGAUAAAUCUCCUCAUUUCCUGCGACUUGGCGAUGUGGAGGUGAACGCUGGACAAGACGCCACAUUUCAGUGCAUUGCUACUGGACGAGAUACAUCCAACAAUAAACUGUGGCUGCAGAGGAAAAAUGGUGACGACAUUCCCGUGGCUCAGACUAAAAACAUCAACCACAGAAGAUUUGCCGCCUCCUUCUACCUCAAAGAAGUCACCAGUCAGGAUCAAGAUCUGUACCGCUGCGUCACGCAGUCCCAGCGUGGCUCUGGGGUGUCGAACUUUGCUGGUCUUAUUGUCAGAGAGCGUCCACACCCCAUAGCCCCACCACAGCUGCUCGGUGUUGGUCCCACUUAUCUGCUGAUUCAGCUCAACGCCAAUUCCAUAUUUGGAGACGGACCUAUUAUACUAAAAGAGGUUGAGUACCGUAUGACGUCAGGCAGCUGGACAGAGACUCAUGCUGUGAACUCGCCAAACUAUAAGUUAUGGCAUCUUGACCCAGACACAGAGUACGAGAUAAGAGUCUUACUCACCAGACCAGGAGAGGGCGGGACGGGCAAGCCUGGACCACCGCUCAUCACCCGGACCAAAUGUGCUGAACCAAUGAGAACCCCGAAGAGGCUGAAGAUUGCAGAGACAAGAGCUCGUCUGAUAGCGGUGGACUGGGAAUCACUUGGUUACAACAUAACUCGCUGUCACACCUUUAAUGUCACCAUUUGCUACCAUUAUAUGACGGCCAGCAACCACAGCAAAGCUGACUGCUUGGACAUGGAUCCCAAAGCACCACGCCACCUGGUGGGAAAUCUGCCACCUUACACCAAUGUCAGCCUCAAGAUGAUUCUGACAAAUCCAGAGGGAAGGAAAGAGAGUGAUGAGACUGUCAUUCAAACUGAUGAGGAUGUUCCAGGUCCAGUUCCCACUCAGUCUCUAAGAGCCACUCCAUUUGAAGACAGAAUUCUGUUGCUGUGGAAGGAGCCCACAGAGCCCAAUGGAAUCCUCAUACAGUAUGAGAUCAGCUACAGUGGGGUGCACUCUUUUGACCCAUCAGUGCCUCUCCAGCGGCCAGGACUCACAGUGUCUCUGCCCUCCAAUGCCACCCAUCACCUGUUCUCCCAGCUCCACCCGGGUGUCACAUACCAGCUCUCAAUACGAGCAUCCACCUCUAAAGGGUUCGGUCCUUCAACCGUGCUCAAUGUGACAACCAACAUUUCAGCCCCUACACUUGAAGAGUAUGACGGAGCAGAAGCCUUUCUCAAUGAAACUGCAACUACUAUCACCGUCCUGCUCAAACCUGCUCAGGCGAAGGGAGCACCCAUAAGUGCAUAUCAGAUUGUGGUGGAGGAGGUGAAUCCACAGCGCUCGCGUCGCCAAGCCUCUUCUGAUUGUUAUGAGGUUCCUGUUUCUUACCACAGUGCAUCGAGUGGUGGAUCUCCAUACUACUAUGCUGCCCAGCUGUCUCCCAGCAAUCUGCCGGAACCCCUUCCCUUCACUGUGGGAGACAACAAGACCUACCAGGGUUUCUGGAACCCCCCACUGGCUCCAAGAAAGAACUACAACAUCUACUUACAAGCCGUGAGCAGCACAGAGCGGGAGACAAAGACUCAGUGUUUAAGACUGGCUACUAAAGGUGCUACAGAGGAGCCAGAAGUCAUCCCUGACCCUGCUAAACAGACCGAUCGGGUGGUGAAGAUCGCUGGGAUCAGUGCUGGUGUCCUUGUCUUUAUAUUGCUUGUGCUGGUAGCAAUCCUAUUGGUCAAGAAGAGGAGGACCUACUAUUCAUACUCUUAUUACCUAAAGCUGGCAAAGAAACGUAAAGAUGCCAUCGGGACAGCGCGACAGGAAAUGACACACAUGGUGAAUGCCAUGGAUCGCAGCUAUGCUGAUCAGAGCACUCUGCACGGAGAGGACCCCAUGGCUGUCACCUUCAUGGACUCCCACAACUACAACAGCAGAUUGCCCAACGAUCCUCUGGUUCCAACUGCUGUGCUAGUUCCAAUCACAGAUGAGAACCACAGCGGAUCUGCAGCAGAGAACAGCAGACUUCUAGAUGUUCCUCGGUAUCACUGUGAAGGAACUGAAUCUCCAUACCAGACAGGACAGCUGCAUCCUGCCAUCAGAGUGGCAGAUCUCCUGCAGCACAUCAAUUUAAUGAAAACAUCUGACAGCUAUGGCUUUAAGGAGGAAUAUGAAAGUUUUUUUGAAGGUCAGUCUGCCUCCUGGGAUGUAGCCAAGAAGGAGCAGAACCGUACCAAGAACCGCUAUGGGAACAUUAUAGCAUAUGACCAUUCAAGGGUUAUUCUCCAGCCCAUAGAAGACGACCCUUCCUCUGACUAUAUCAACGCCAACUACAUCGAUGUAAGUGGAAACGCAGCGAAUGCUACUAUUGGCUCCCAACGAAACCAGCGAAACCACACUCCCUCGCUCAUUUGGCUGUACAGGGAUGGUUACCAAAGACCAAGUCACUACAUUGCUACUCAGGGUCCUGUCCACGAGACAGUGUAUGACUUUUGGAGGAUGGUGUGGCAGGAACAGUCAGCCUGUAUUGUCAUGGUGACUAAUCUGGUGGAGGUUGGACGGGUGAAGUGCUAUAAGUACUGGCCAGAUGAUGCAGAGGUUUAUGGAGAUUUCAAAGUGACUUUCGUGGAGGUUGAACCUCUAGCUGAAUAUGUGGUCCGCACAUUUACAUUGGAGAGGCGUGGGUUCAGUGAAGUGCGGGAAGUCAAGCAGUUCCAUUUCACCGGCUGGCCUGAUCACGGAGUUCCCUAUCAUGCCACGGGACUGCUAUCUUUCAUCCGCAGGGUGAAAAUCUCCAAUCCACCCUCUGCUGGGCCAAUUGUGGUUCACUGCAGUGCCGGAGCAGGGCGUACAGGCUGUUUCAUUGUGAUUGACAUCAUGUUGGACAUGGCAGAGAGAGAAGGAGUGGUUGACAUCUACAACUGCGUGAAAGCUUUACGUUCCAGGAGGAUCAACAUGGUACAGACUGAGGAACAAUACAUAUUCAUCCAUGAUGCUAUACUGGAGGCUUGUCUGUGUGGAGAAACAGCAAUUCCAGUCUGUGAGUUCAAAGCUGCCUUUUAUGAGCUCAUUCGCAUCGACUCCCAGACCAACUCCUCACAUCUAAAGGAUGAGUUUCAGACUUUAAACUCAGUUACUCCCCAGCCUCAACCAGAAGACUGCAGCAUCGCUUUGCUGCCAAGAAACCAAGAUAAAAAUCGUUUUAUGGAUGGCCUUCCUCCUGAUCGAUGCCUCCCCUUCCUUAUUACGAUAGAUGGAGAAAGCAGCAACUACAUCAAUGCUGCUCUGAUGGAUCUGUCAGAAGAGUUCCAGAGCUACAGACAGCCUGCUGCAUUCAUCGUUACCCAGCAUCCUUUGCCCAAUACUGUCAAAGACUUUUGGCGUCUGGUUUAUGACUAUGGAUGUACCAGUUUGGUGAUGCUGAAUGAGAUUGACCUGACUCAGGGUUGUCCUCAGUACUGGCCAGAGGAGGGCAUGCUGCGCUAUGGUCCAGUCCAGGUGGAAUGUAUGUCCUGCUCGAUGGACUGCGAUGUUAUCAGUAGACUCUUUAGAGUCUGCAACCUCACUCGACCACAGGAAGGCUACUUAAUGGUUCGUCAUUUCCAGUACCUGGGGUGGGCGGGGCAUAGAGACGUGCCUGCCUCAAAGCGUUCCUUCCUCAAACUGAUUUUGCAAGUCGACCAGUGGCAACGUGAAGGAGAGGAGGGAGAGGGAAGAACAAUAGUGCACUGCCUGAAUGGAGGCGGGCGUAGUGGAGUGUUCUGUGCCAGCAGCAUUGUGUGUGAGAUGGCCAAACGGCAGAGUGUGGUUGACGUCUUCCACGCUGUAAAGACUUUGAGGAACAGCAAACCCAACAUGGUGGACACUCCAGAACAGUAUCGAUUCUGCUACGACCUUGCUCUGGAGUUCAUCGAGUCCUCCUAAAUAAAGGAGGAGACUUGCUGUCUGUGUGUUUGAUCCUCGGCUUUUGCUUGGUCCUUUUUGUGGUUCCCACUCAGUAAACUCCAUUUUACGUCCCUAUGAAUGGCACCAGGGACUUGAGCUUGUUGUACAGCCUGUCGAGCGUCCACACACAGGAAAAAAUAUUCAGACGUCCAAUGAGAACAAUGCAACAGACUUGUUGUUCAGCCCUAUGAGUGCCAGCAGGGUGCGCUGUGUCUUGAGGCCCUGCUAAAUGUUCCAUCACUCCCUCCUACUGAACCACGCUGUAGUUCUCAGUGUGCCCUCUAGAUGUCUCCCCUCCCUUUGCAAACUGCAGAUGCAAGUUAUCUGGCAGAUGUUUUUAUUCGACGUGGUCACAGCAGUGUUGGACGUCACAUCAUGUGCAAUACUUUGGUGUUUUACAGAAAAGCUGGUUUAUGUACAGCCAGUGAAUGGCUUUCUGCUCAUCAGCAGCAUUAACUUUGUCUAAUUUCCUGCUCAUUUUGUCAGGACAUCAUGUUUUGAGUCAAAUUUUAAGCUUUUUACUUUGGUUACAUUGUGUCUGAUAACUGAUGAGAAAUGUAGAAAAUACACUCGAUAUCAGUCUGUUUGUUACAUAAAUGUCUUAGAAACAAGACUGACAGUGUCAAAAAGAACGUUGAUGCAAAACAUUCAGCCUUUUAGAUAUUCUUUUAGAAUAUCAUGAAGUCACUGCUUGAAUUAUGUUAUAAAUGUAUUUGUUUGAAAGAAAACACGAUAUGUACCAUCAUGUUCUUUUUAAAUGUGAACUGAAGAGCUGAUUUCUCUCAUUUGUGUUUGCUGAGUCCAGAAGCUGGUUAGGAAGUUACUUUGGAGUGUCUACACAAAUUGGGAAAGUGAACACAAUAGGUUUUGUUGUGUUCAUUUUUGGGCUGGGCCCAAUGUACUUUCAGGUUAACUCAUUCACAAAAAGUUUUUAAAAAUGUGGAGCAAACCUUUGAAGGAGACUUUAAAUCAGCUCAGUUUACACUUUGAGUGAAUUUGGAGGUGAACUGACCGCACGUCUGGUGUUUGGUGCACGAGAGGCCGACACGUUCGUCUUUGCUUGACUUUAUGAUUCUGUUGUAGCUGAUGUUUAUUCAUAAGCCAAAGAUGUUGUGUAAAUAUGUCUAUAUCGAUAAAGCACAUCAUUUGUAUUUAUUGUUUACAUGCUUUGCUUUUAAGAACAAUCAGUCGUUACACUUUUUUGUUGUUUUGUUUUUGUUUUUAUACCACCAGCGUUUCUUAAACUUUCGGCUGGGAUGCAAAAUGUGUUCGAAGUUUCCGUCAGGUCCUUGCAGGACUGUGUUAAUGUGAUUUUAGGCACCGAGGUCUUUACAGAAGAAUCCUGUGCUACAUUUUGGUUCAUGCAGAAAUCUUUUAAGAACACCUGAUCGAAGCUGUAUAACGAAGCAUUAGAAGUAGUUUUUUGCAGUAUUUAGGUGGAGUUCAUUAGUCGUAGUGUCUUGUGUUCACUUAAUGAAUCUCUGUGAUGUUAUAUUGUAGUUUAUUUGUGUUAAAGCUAAUUGCUCCAUUUGUAGUCAGUGGAACAACAGCUGGAUGGCAAAGCAUCAAGUUCAGACGCCCCGUGCACAAGAAGACAGAUACGCUGUUAUAUCUUUAUUUUGCAAACUGUCCAUCAACAUGCAGCGACUGUGAUGCAAACAAGCUUAGUGAGUGAAACGCGCACGCCUCUGACACAACAGAUUGUGGCUAAUCUGUUGAAUUUCUUGUCGAUACAAACAUUUUACCCUGUUCCAUCUGGACUUCGCUGAAUGCAUUUUCAUCAUGUUUAAUCCUUCACUGUGCUGAGACUUCACAGGCUUUUUAAUAUUACUUGUGUUUUGUUUGUCCUCAAAAUGAUUCUGAGAAAUUUUAUUGUAAAUAAAAUAACAGAGGCUACUGUUAAGGGUGUUUUUGUAAAUAGGCUUUCAUUAGUACACACACAAGCUGUUGGAGGAAUGGUGGAGAUUUAGCUGACAGAUGAAAUGUCAGAAAAUCGGUACAGUUACUCAUUUCUUUCUAAAUCAGAUUGUACUCUGAAGGAUUUACAUUUUAUCACAGUCUGAUAAUGUAUAAAAAUCAUUCUGUUGGUGAAACCACCUGAGAAUCACCCAAAAACAUUGUAAAAAAUGAUUAAAGUAAAAAUAUGUUCUGUGCAGGCCCUGAGGUCCGUUGGUGAUCUGUAGGUGAAGCGUGCGUGAAGCAGACAAAAGUUUAUGACUCACCUUGGAUGGGACACCAGCAGGUUGCUUCCUCACCCACGGCUAGUACAUAUGUACAGCUGGGUGGACCGAGAUAAUACUGUGUAGGUAGGUCAGCGGGGUAUAGGUGUUCGUCAUCAAAUAUGGGUUUGAUUCCCAGUCCUUGGACAAGUUACAUCAUAUGCGUUGUCUCAGUCCACCCAGCUGUAAAUGAGCUCCAUCCUUGGACAGAAAAGUAACCUGCAAUGGGCUCGCAUCCCGUCCAGGACAGUCCAAGAUUUACAUAUGCUUCAUGCUUCAAAAUCUGUGGAUAAGCACCAACACCAAGAGCCUGUCGCCUCACUUAUUUCUCUGAGACACAAUAAAAAGCUGAUAAUUAUUACGUGUGCAGACAGAGAAGUGAAGGUUACUAGAAAUCAUUUCACAAUCAUGUUGCUACUUGAGGGGCCACUAAGGAGUCAGUUUGGGUCCAUCAUUCCUUUUUAAGUGUGAAUUAAAGAUCCUGAAGAAAAGUGAAUGGAGCUGGUAUCUGAAAGGAAGGCCAGUGUUAUUACAGAAUUUAUAUUCCUAAUUAUUAUUGUCUGUAAUGUUUGGCUUCUUUGCUGUAAUAAAAACAUUUCUUUAAUUACAA